CCACACGCAUCACCACCAGCGUCUUUCCCGGCUCGCUGCGACGAAAACGUCUCCAACGACGUUUCUCCCCGUCCUCGCCUUCAUCGCCCGUCCGUCACAUCCACAGGCUUACAAUGGCCAGUCGCACCCUCGAGACGCGCUUCGAGCGCAUGUCCGUGCAGGACGAGAACGGCGACGUGGCCAAGGCAUAUUCCUCCUCCAAGUCCAAGACGGUCGUCUCAUCGUCGAGCGCAUCACAGCUCCCCCAGGGCAGCAGCCGCGCGAACCUCUACAAGGUCGCGCUCCAGUCGCAGAGCCACAACGCCGUCGCCUCGGUCACGCUGCCGUCCCAAGCCGCUCAGCGCAAGGGCAACAAUAACAACAACAGCAACCCUGCAUCUCCGCCGCGAAAGCCUCUCCCGUCCAGCUCCUCCCGCACCUCACAAGACGACGACGCCGCCGCCGAAGAGGCUGCCGCCGAGUCCGCUCUGGUAGCAGCGCAGCCGUCGGCAGUCCCCAAGCAGUUCCACCUCGGCAUGUUCGAGAUUGGGCGCCCGCUGGGCAAGGGCAAGUUUGGCCGCGUCUACCUGGCCAGGGAGCGCACGAGCGGCUUCAUCUGCGCCCUCAAGGUCCUGCACAAGAGCGAGCUGCAGGUCGGCGGCGUCGAGCGCCAGGUGCGCCGCGAGAUUGAGAUCCAGAGCAACCUGCGGCACCCCAACAUCCUGCAGCUGUUUGGCCACUUCCACGACAGCAAGCGCGUCUUCCUCAUCCUCGAGUUCGCCGGCAAGGGCGAGCUGUACAAGCACCUCCGCCGCGAGAACCGCUUCCCCGAGUGGAAGGCGGCCCAGUACAUUGCCCAGAUGGCGUCGGCGCUGCGCUACCUCCACAGGAAGCACGUAAUCCACAGGGACAUCAAGCCCGAGAACAUCCUCGUCGGCAUCCACGGCGAGAUCAAGAUCUCCGACUUUGGCUGGAGCGUCCACGCGCCCAACAACAGGAGGAAGACCAUGUGCGGCACCCUCGACUACCUGCCCCCCGAGAUGAUCAAGCCGGGCUCGUCGGACAACUACUACAGCGAAAAGGUUGACCUUUGGAGUCUCGGGGUCUUGACGUAUGAGUUCCUCGUCGGCGAAGCGCCCUUCGAGGACACCCCAGUCAUGACACAGCGGAGGAUUGCCCGGGCAGACAUGUCCAUUCCGUCUUUUGUGAGCCCCGAGGCCAGCGAUCUCAUCAAAAGGCUUUUGGUUCUGGAUCCCGAAAAGCGAAUCCCUCUCGAGGCUGUCCAGCAGCACCCUUGGAUCAUUAAGCAUUGUGUCAAGGGCGAGAGGGCGUCGAAUCGUGAGAAGGCAUGAUGUGAUGCCUUGAAGGCAUGCCCCGUUGCUUGUUGCUUAAUGCGGGGAAACAAGGGCGCACGCGGAGUACAAGGGAUUGCAAUAGUAAGGUCGUUGGGGAUAAUGGGUGUGCAUCUGAAGGAGUUUGGUGUUUUGACCUAGCGCGCCAUUCGUAUAACUGAGAUGGAGCUGCGUUGCGUUUUUUUCCAACUAUGGUCUGGGUAUCGUCGAUAGCGUAAAGGCCGGGUCCACGCCGGCAAUGCUUUUUGAUAUGGUACAAAUCAUCAGGAC